AAAUCAAAUACUUUUCUAUAUGUCUCUCUAUGAUUACUAAAACCACACAAAUUUCUCUCCAGCAUAAAGUCCGAGACGUAGAGGUGCCAUGCACCAUACGAAGCAAGCAAGCCUUUGUGACGUGUAAUCUUGCUCCCCCACUCAUUCUUCUCAUGGCUAGCAAGAUGGAAGGCUCCCACUUCUCAAAAUCCAGGAAAGAAGAAGAACCCGCCAUUGAUAUAGUUAAUAUUGAUAGCCACACAAAUAUUAUUUCUGGUGGAUCCACUAGCCAAACCCUUGCAUUUUCCGGCACUGAUCAAGCAACCAGCUCGGUGCCUCCUCAAGGAGCAGUACAUCGUGACGGAGGUGGCGGUGAUGGUGAUCGUGAGGUGUUGGAUAAAGAUUGUGGACGUGAAAGAUUAAAGAGGCAUAGAGAAGAGGUUGCUGGUAGGGUCAUGAUACCAGAUACAUGGGGACAAGAGAAUUUGCUCAAGGAUUGGAUUGAUUGUUCCACCUUCGAUGAGCUGUUAGCCCCAAAGGAAAUCUCAUCAGCUCGUGAAGCACUUGUUGCUGAGGAACGCAGAAAAAGGUCUCCAAGAUUGAGCAUAGCAAGAUGACAAAUAUCAACUACAGUUUCCCUUCCACUUGACUCUCAAGCAAUGAAGUUGGAUAUCGAUAACGAUCAUAGCAAUAAGAAUAAACUAGAUGUUCUAUCCUUUAUUUCUUCAUUUAUCUCCUUUUCCCAGUAAUUGUCAAGCCCUUCAGAGCAUUCAAAACUGCAGAAUCAGCACAUUUUUUUCCUAGCUAAUUGUUGUAUUGAUUCAAAUAUGUAGAAUUAGCACGUUAAUUUUCUUACUA